GUCGACGUCAAGCGGUGGCAGGCGGAACUGAGAAGGUGUCUUGUGAUGCGCCGACCGUCCCCCCAACGACCUACUAAUACCACGACAACCAAGAAAGAGCAUCCAAGCGUCCUAUUAGCAUGCGCUGACGAUGCCUUGCCAUAAUACUCUCUUUCUCAAUGUCGCUGUUCCAUGAAAGAAUAGGAUAGUCACCUGCGCACCACCCGAAGUCUUCCCUGUUUCCUGAGCCGUCCUUGCGAACAUACAGGAGCGCUGUUCCAACCACCCUGUCAUGUCCGCGCCGCAGAGCAAGCACGUGUACACCAACGUGCAGGCCUUGCGAGGCGGGAAACCCGAGCUUGGUGAUGUCGCGCUGAGCGACUACCACCUCGUCUUCCGGUUCCCCCCUGAAUCGAAGACGUCUACCGAAGCACAGCUUAAGAAGCACGUAAAGCAGGUCUGGUUCGCGUUCCACGUUAUCUCUCAAUGCACUCUGCGACCGACACCGCCUUCAAGUGGCGUGCCCUCGUCAAUACGCAUCCGUUUUAGGGACUUCACCUACGUCUGCUUCAACUUUACCGAUGACAAGCAAGCGCGGGAUGCGUUCGAGUUCAUCCGAGCAAGGACGUGCAGGCUGGGAAGCAUAGAAGACCUCCUAGCUUUCAACUACAACCCCCCUGCGGGCUCCCCAGAGAACAAGAUCGACGGCUGGAGCCUGUACGAUGUGAGAGCGGAGUUCAAGCGGCAGGGCAUCAGCGAGAAGUCUGCGGACUUGGGCUGGAGGAUAUCUACUAUCAACAAAGACUACACAUUCUCCCCGACCUAUCCGGCUCUGUUAGUGGUGCCGUCCAAAAUAUCGGACAGCACACUUAAAUACGCAGCAAACUUCCGGUCCCGUGCCCGAAUACCAACUCUUACGUACCUUCACCCAAUCAACAACUGCACGAUAACUCGCAGCUCACAACCGUUCGUGGGCCUCCGCUUUAAGCGCAGCAUUCAAGAUGAGCGCCUCGUUGGAGCCUGCUUCUCUGCCUCUGUCGAGUGUCUGGACACCGCUUCUCCUCCGCCGGGCCCGGACAGGAGUCCCUCUUCCAGCACGGUGGAUUUGAGCGCUGAUAAUGCCGAUGCGGACUUGUCGCUAUCAGAGCUGGAGCGGAUGCGGCAGGAGGAUGAGCUGAUUGUGGGCGCUAAUGCGCAGUACGACGAGAAGACCGGAAAGCGACUAAUUUACGGUGCACAGCAGCGCAACUUGAUCGUCGACGCUCGGCCCCUGCUCAAUUCUCUUGCCAUGCAGGCAGCAGGAAAAGGGUCGGAGAACAUGGACUAUUACAGAUUUGCCAAAAAGGUCUUCCUGAAUAUAGACAAUAUUCAUGUCAUGCGGGACUCGCUAGAGAAAGUCGUCAGCGCGAUCAAGGAUUCGGAUGUCUCGCCGUUUCCACCCAAUCGUGAACUCCUCGAGAAGAGCAAAUGGAUAAAGCACAUCAGCAGCAUCCUGAGUGGCUCGGCUAUCAUCGCGCGUCAGGUUGGCAUCCAGCACUCUCAUGUGCUUAUACACUGCUCAGACGGCUGGGAUCGGACCAGCCAGCUCAGCGCCCUGGCUCAGCUGAUGCUGGAUCCCUACUACCGCACGAUUGACGGUUUCAUUGUGCUAGUUGAGAAGGACUGGCUUUCGUUUGGGCACAUGUUUCAGUUGCGGUCGGGUCACUUGAAUCAUGAAAGCUGGUUUACGGUGGAUAGUGACCCGCUAGCCGGCUCCACGGUCCGGCCCGGCGAAAGUGAGGGUCGGGGGGAUGCAGUCGAGAAUGUUUUAGCGACAGCGAGGCGGUUCUGGAAUAGAAACGUGGGCGGCGAGAAGGACAUGCCGACAUCAGAUACCGAGGAUCCCGUGCCAGUUGACGAAGCGAAACAGACGAACGCACCUGUCACCGAGGACCAGGCGACAAGGCUCAGGGAAGUGUCACCCGUCUUUCACCAGUUCCUCGACGCUACAUACCAGCUUCUCCGACAACACCCCACACGCUUCGAGUUCAACGAGCGCUUCCUCCGGCGCCUGCUUUACCACGUUCACUCCUGCCAGUACGGCACGUUUUUAUUCAACAACGAGAGAGAGCGCCACCAGGCGAAGCUGCGCGAGCGCACGCGCAGUGUCUGGGCCUACUUUUUGAGCCGUCGCCAGGAGUUCACAAAUGACCAAUAUGACCCGGUUAUCGACGACCACCACAAGGGGCGGGAGCGUCUGAUCUUCCCGCGUCUCAGCGAAGUGCGAUGGUGGCACCAGGUCUUCGGACGCACCGAUGAUGAGAUGAACGGUGCCAUCAAUGCCUCCAUCGCCACAGCGGAGCGUGUUGCAGCCUACCAGGCCGCGUCAGGGUUGGCCGAGCCACCUGACAGUGCCAACGCGGAAAGCCAGUCAGGAGCUAGUCCCGAACCACCUGGUUUGGCGGCGAGCAAGUCGGUUCUCGUCGGCGUCGAGAGUGCUCACGAGGCUCUUACGCCAGAGGCUAGGACAUCCGCGUCGAUGAACCGUAGCGCGAGUACAGGCAACAUAUCCGGUGCUCUUGGGACAUUACAGGACAGGAUAUCUGGGCUGGGCAUCGGCACGGUCAUGUUUGGCGGCGGUGGCGGAGAGAGCGCAAAUUCGGGUAGGAAUCGGCCGGGUGCUCACAACACGGGAUCGAAUGACUCUCCUAGCUUCGCUGAGGCCACCCUCGACGACGCCGGUGUAACUAGGGACAAGCUGGCACCGAAAGAUGACGACUCCGGGCAGGAGAUGAGGACCCUGCAUUAGACUAGAUGGGGAGGCAGGAAAAAGGAAUCAGGGAUAUGAAAUGUCCAGUAACCAGCGCUGUCUGUGGGAAUAGCUGGAUGGACUAGAGCGUCCAACGAUCACUUUGGGGCAUACCUAGCGAAUAAUGAUUUUCAGUGAAGCGUAUGCGCUAGCCCCCAUGGAUUUGCAGUCGAAGUAUGUACUAUAUGAGUGAGAAGCAACCUGUUCCUCAGCGUUCUCGAGCAAUC